AAGCCCUGGCGAUCAUUGUCAGUUUUUCAAAUUCUGUAAACUUGUAGAAAAAUAAUUAAACUCUUUUCAAAAAACCUCACUAAAUUAGUUUUGAGAUUAUUUAAGAUUCUUAAUGGUAUUAAGUUAAUUGGUUUCAAAUUUAAUCAUAAGCUGGUUGAAAUCUAAUAAAACCAUGACUGGCGACUCGUUUAUGUUUUUCUCAUAUGGACUGAUUACUUUGGCCCUGCUGCUGGCGAUCAUUUGCCUGUUUUUGCCCAGGGUGGACAGGUUCAUCAAGUUGUCAGCGGGCAGGAUAUACAAGAUCUAUGCAGAGUACACUCCUAUAGGAUACAUGAUCGAUGAUUCCUUGACUCCUGUUUCCCGACGCCGUCUGCAGCGGGUGGCUAAGAAGACACUGGUGUUGGACAUGGACGAGACCCUGAUCACGGCCUGGAUUCAGCGACAGGACAAACGUCGGCAGUCACCACCCAACGUUCCCCACGACUUUAAGUUCGUGCUUUCGGAUUCCAAAUAUAAGGGCAAGGUCUAUGUUUAUAAGCGUCCCCAUGUAUCACUUCUUGAACUGCGUAUCCAGAUG